AUGAGGGUUUUAACGCGGUACAAGUAUGUUCAAAUCCGAGUGUUCCGUCCGUUACGGAGAACCAGACGGACGUUCUGCCUCGUUUUAUGCACGGCUCUACUAUUCGGAUUUUUCACACUGGUAUUGGAGAUAUUCAGCACAUCCGAUAGAUAUCGGAUCUAUUCCAUGGUUCCCUACAGCGGUAACCUAAGUGAAGUGCAACAACAUCUCGUUUCGUCAGUGAUCAGGGCCCCAACAAGUAUUCCGGAACGUGUUCAUGAACCCGUGGUAAAACCAUGGAAUCCCUUCCGGACCAAGGCCAUUAGUCAUAAAGGUGGUGUUCAAAUGCGACAUGAACACAAACCGAAAUAUAUGCCGCCAAAUUCAACACGUCAUCUCAUAUCAGGGCAAAACAAAUCACAUGAUUUCCUAAACGCCAAUAAGACUGAAUAUAUCGUACACCAUGAAAUAAGUAAGCCAUUUAAUAGUCAUCCCCAUAAUACCUCAUUGGUCCCCAAAGGGAAAGUAGCCUCAUCAGGGAAUGGAGUUAAGGCGAAAUCUAAAUAUUUAUCAUAUACCAACAACUUCACAUAUCCUCUGGAUAUCAAUAUAGUAGCUCUUGUAAGCGACGCUAUCAAGGGGUUGGAGUAUACUAAACACCAACCCAUUAAUCCGCACAAUUUUUGGUAUCUCCAUAAACCGAAUAACUGUGCUUUCAAACUUCAACAGAAUGCAACCAAGAAUGUUCUUGUGCUUGUGAAGUCGUUUGCCGGUAACUUAGAACAACGAGAGGCACUAAGGACGUUAUGGAACACCACUAACGAUCCCAAUAUGAGACGGGUAUUUAUGCUUGGAUAUCGCCGAUCGCAUCAGCUAGCCAUUGACAACGAAAGUAGAAAAUACCACGACAUCAUCCAGGAAAACUUCAUUGACAAUUAUAUGAACAACACAUUUAAGACGAUAAUGGCGUAUAACUGGGCAACGAAGUACUGUCGUCGCGCGCAUGUCAUUCUAUUUUUGGACGAUGAUUACCUCGUAAAUAUGACGGUCAUGGCAGCUCACAUAAGGGCUGCAUACAAGAAUCAGAGCUCCGGACUCUACACAGGGACGCUUGCUAAACACGCCCCUCCAUACCGAAACAAAAACGAACGGUGGUACCUAAGCUACCAACAGUACCCGUAUGACGAGUUUCCGCCAUACGUUGGAGGUGGCGCUUACGUUGUUUCUUAUGAUGUAGCCAAAAAGUUUAAAUUUGCCUUUCCUUAUGUGCAAUACAUGGGCAUUGACGAUGUGUAUUUGGGUAUUGUGGCAAGAAAAUUAGGUAUAAGCGCCAAAAAUGACCCAUACCUCAACAGUCACAGCAAGGUCGCGUUGGCAAAGGAGUGUUCCCACAAUGCCUCUGAACUUCUUCGAAAAAUAUGUCCACUCAGUGUGAUCAAAAAGCAAGUGUUUCGGGUCUACAACCGACGCAAACAAAAACCUGUUAGCGCCACUGUUUUUGUUGUAUGUUUUGGUCUAGCAAUGUCCGCUAUUGUAAUGUUAUCAUGUUGUUUAUCUGAUUAA